AUGAGGUUGAAUUCUUCACCUCGGAGCUGGAAAUCCAUCCAGUACCUCCCCGCACGUCUCUAUUCCAGAUCCCACAGUCCGCCCUGGCGGCCAGUGUCUGCGGUCGAUGAAUGGGUGGAAAGGGCGAUCCGACCUAUCAGUCUUCGACAGCUGACAUUUUUCGGGCGUACCUUGACCGAACCGCGCCUGAUUAGCUCUGCAAACUACGUGCGAACCGAGCUUCCAACCCGAUUAGCGCAUCGACUGCGAGAUAUCCAACAGCUACCCUAUGUCGUGGUGGCCAACCCGCAUCUCACCCUCGUGUACGAACUCUACUACAAAGCGUUCGAGAAGGCUCGUGUGGUGCCCGAGAUCAAGAGCCUCGAGGACAAUGACCGGUUCUGUGAGAUCCUGAAGGAGAUGUUGAGAGAGCAUCUGGUGGUGAUUCCCAAUCUAGCGAUGGGGGUAUUAGAAUGCCGAAACCUCGCACCGGCAGAUGAGAUGGAUCGUUUGAUGAACACACUUUUGCGAGCGAGAAUAUCUCGUCGAGUCAUCGCCGAGCAGCACCUCGCUCUAACCGAAACCUUCAACUCACCAUGGCAUUUUCCCGAUUCCCACGACCGAACCGACAUGAAUGCAGACUUUGUGGGGGAGGUGUUUCUCAAAUGCAAGGCGAAAGAGGUGGUCGAGAGAUGUGGCAAGGUUGCACAAGAUCUGAUGCGGAAGACCUCGGAGUCUACUCAGAUCCCUGCCAUCACGGUUCAGGGCCACACCGACGCCACUUUCCCGUAUAUACUGAGCCAUCUGGAAUACAUCAUCGGAGAGCUUCUUCGCAACUCGGUGCAGGCGGUGAUGGAGAACUAUCAAGGUUCUACCCAGCCUCCACCACCGAUUCAGGUGCUCGUGUGUGAAACCCCACAGCACGUGAUAAUGCGAAUCUCCGACCAGGGUGGAGGAAUCCCACGAGAGAUUCUUCCUUAUCUCUGGUCAUUUAGCAAGGGCCCUCGGACGCAGACCCGGUUGGAAAACCUUGGGCGGGUCCCCGCCAUGGCAGCUACCAUGCAAGAGCUGCAAGUGUCACACGAGCGCAAGUAUGCCGGACAGAACUCAUCAUUCUUAUCAUACCACGAAGGAUCUUUGGACACACUGACAUCACGCCCACCGGAUCUGCGGUUGGGAAUGGGUUUGCCCAUGAGCCGAGUGUACGCUGAAUACUGGGCUGGCAGUCUCGAACUACACAGUCUGGAAGGGUACGGCGUGGACGCAUUCCUGCAGAUCUCGAAGCUUGGCAACAAAAAUGAGCAAGUCACUACUCGAGCGGCGAUCGAUGCUGUGUAG